AUGGAUGACCAUGAUGACUUAACCUGGUCAUCUAAGGGAGCCUCAGAGGAUUAUGAGUUUCCUUCCGUUAAUUAUAAGAAUUUGACAUUUCUUGCUAAACAACAUGGAAAGCACUAUAAAGAUUCUUUUAACCAAUUGGAAAUUCAAAACACAGCUCUGCCCUGUAAGAGCCAUGCAGAACGUAAUAAAAAUUAUUAUAAAAAACUUACAGAUAAUAUCAAAGCACUGGAAACUAUGAUUAUUUUUCUAAAAAUGAAGCUAUCUAAAACGAAAGGAAUAAACUUACAGUUAUACCAUCAAAGAUGUGAAUGGGAGCAAAAACUCCACAGUUUGAGAUUCACACUAAAAGAAAUGGAAGAGAUGAGAAAAAAUGAUUCUAUAGCAUUUGAACAAAUUAAGGAAAAGUUAACAAGAGAAAUAGAGCAACAUAGAAAAGAAGUUGCGAUAAAAGAAGAAUUGGAACACAGACUGAGAGCCCAAAAUGUGGAGUUGGGGACCCUUAGAAAUAAUCUGGAGAAUUGUCAAAGGCUUGAACAUGAAAGAGAUCUCCUGAACAAAGAAAUUGUCAGACUAAGAUUGAAAGUAGAAAGAAUGAAAAUGAACAAUGAGGAGAUAGACAAGAAACACUUGCGGGACUUGGAAAUCAUCAAAGACAAGACUGAUGAUCUUCAAAAUGCUGUAAAGCUCAGUGAAGAAAGGUUAAUGAAAGUAACAGCCCAGUAUAGUGGCCAGCUCAACAUACUACGAGACGAGAAUAAAGUGCUACAAGCCAAACUGAAGGAAGCGAAAGAAAACCAGGAAAAACUAGAAGUAGAACUUCAAUCCCUCCGUCUCGGACUGGCAGAUGCUAACCAUGAGCGUCACCAAAGUCAGGUCUCCCAAAGAGACCUUGCCUUCAUUGUCCGGAGAACAAAAGAAGAAUGGUCUGGUACACUGGAAUAUAUGAACUCUCGUGCUGAAACCCUUUUCCAACAACUCUGUGAUGCAGAAGAGAAAUUCAGUUGCCUGCAAGCUGAGUUUUGUCACAUGAAAGAUGCUCUUCGAGAGAAGACUUUUGCUCUAGAAGGUGCACAGAGAGACCUGAUGGAAGCACAGUUUGAAAAGCAGAACAUUCAACUGAAGUAUCAAAGUGAACAAAGAACAGUGAGUAUGUACAUUGUAAAGCAGGAGUCUUUAGAGCAGAGACUGUCCGGACUGCAAUGUAAAACUAUGUCACUUCAACAACAGCUGGAUGAUGUUCACAAGGAUUCUGCAGAUAAAGAGAAGGCAAAACACACCAGAGACAGCCCGUGUGCUGCAGUGGUGAAGGCUCUUGAAGUAGGGCAUGAAAAGUACAGUCUGCUUUUGGAGGACAAAAACAAGAAGUUGCUUGAUGAAUGCAAUCAUUUAAAAGAAAGGCAGUACCAAUAUAAAAAAGAGAAAGUGAAAAGAGAAGCAGUUUUGAGACAACUUCGCCAAGAACUGUGUGAUACCAUGCAAAAACUAUCCAGAUCGGAGACGUUACUAGAAACUACAUCACGUUGUCACAUUCAUUUAGAAGAUGAGACCCAACAUUCAAUGAGAAAAAUAAGUCAGAUGACAAACCAAUUUCAAGAAGUAGAGGAUCAACUCAAAGAGGAAGGACACCAUGCCGAGAAGAUGCUAGACCAAUGGAAAAAGAUCAAAAUGGCAAAUUCCAAAUUAAAACUUACUGUCAAAGACCAAGCCGAAAAACUCAACCAGUAUGAGAAAGACUUGUCAAGUGCAAGUUUCGUGCAGAAAUCUCUGGAAGAUCAGUUAGCAGAGACUAUAAAAUGUAAAAGGAUGAUGGAAGACCGCAUGCAAAGCCUUGAAAAAGAAAAUUCAAAAAUGAAAGUAAACUUUGGAAAGGCACUGGACUGCAUUGAGAAAUAUGUGUCAUCUGCAAGUUCAACUGGAGCAUCAUCUCAAGGAAAAUUAGAGCAUAUUGUUUCAGCAGGAGCUCAGAUGAAAUCCUGUAUUGCAUAUCUGGAAUCUGAAAUCUCUGUAACAGAAACUUCUCGAGAAGAAAUCAAUGAAACCACAUUUCGGAAAUACAAGCAACUCUAUCUAAAAGAAUUGAAAAUUAGAAAAUUGUCAUACAAAAAACUAAGAGAAAUUCAUCAGAAUCUAACAGAAGACACUGCUGAUUUGCUUGAUGAAAAAAAGAGUAACAGAUCUUGAUGUAUCACUCUUGCCAUAAGCUGCUUCUGAAUAUGCAUCUGGAUUCGACAUAUCUUCUCCUUUAAUCAUAUGAUGUGUUAAAUGUAAACCAAGUUCUAGUUGGAAAAGCACAUGAGAAUAUAUACAAAUUUUACAGAAAAAAGUUCCAUAAUCAGAAAGAUAAUAAAAUGUUCUUACUGGGCUGUUUAAAUGGUGUACUGUUUUUCAUUCAAUGUAUCACAUGGGAGAAUCUUUGCGAAAAGAAAAUAAUUUAUACCAUAUCUUUAUAAUAAAAAUUUAUUUAUGUUUUAAAUAAUGUUUCUUGGCCUAUUAACUAUUCAGUGAAUUUUGCAGUUGAAGCCAGUAUUGCUGCGUUUCCAUAUACAAACUGCCCUCAUGCCAGCUGCUUAGCAACCAAACCACCAAGUUGUCAUUGAUAUUUCAAUGGAGUUGAGAGUUAGGUUAUUUGUAUUUUAUAGCUAGUAUAAUAAUAUGUAGUAAUAGAUUCAAAUUUAUUUUUUUAAUUCUUUAUUAAAUCAUAACUGUCUACAUUAAUGCAUUUACAGGGUACAAUGUGCUGAUU